AAAAAAGAUCGGAGUUGCCCCUCCUGUUGAUCAUUUAAGACUUGCAUUGAUAUCUUUACUGCAUUGACUGCAUUUAUCUUUUCUUUUAUCUUUCAUUUUCUUUUCACUACUCUCCUUUCUUGCCAUCGCCAUGACUUCCCAGGCCUCAGCGGUCCCUGCCUCGGUGACGGAGUCCGUUCUCCAGAGUUCGCAACCCGUUCCGGAAGGGUCUCAUGAAGUGAGCGGCGUGGAUUUCGACAAGUUCCAGGGCCGGGAUAUUACAGUAGCAGAGAUGGUGGACAACCUAGCCUAUACAGGGUUCCAGGGCAGUGCUGUUGCCGAGGCCGCCCGCAUCAUCAACGAGAUGCGCGCCUUCCGUGACCCCGAAACCGGAGAUAAAACCACCAUCUUCCUCGGUUUUACUUCGAAUUUGAUCUCAUCCGGUCUUCGUGAUACCCUGCGCUAUCUCGUGAAACACAAGCAUGUGUCGGCAAUUGUGACCACUGCGGGUGGUGUUGAGGAGGAUCUGAUCAAAUGUCUCGCACCCACGUAUCUCGGAUCAUUCACCACCCCAGGUGCUGGUCUCCGUGCCAAGGGUCUCAACCGCAUCGGCAACCUGCUCGUUCCCAACAACAACUAUUGUGCCUUCGAGGACUGGGUGGUUCCUAUUCUGGACAAGAUGCUGGAGGAGCAGGAGGCGGCCAAGGUCAAGGCGCGUGAAACGGGCGACGAGGAAGACGAGCUUCACUGGACGCCAAGCCGCAUCACCGAGCGGCUAGGCCGAGAGAUCAACCACGAAGAUUCGGUUCUCUACUGGGCGGCCCGGAACGGAAUCCCCGUGUUCUGUCCCGCCCUGACGGAUGGAUCCUUGGGUGAUAUGCUUUACUUCCACACCUUCAAGUCCUCUCCACAGCGACUCCGGGUGGAUAUCGUGGAUGAUGUCCGCCGCAUUAACACUAUGGCGGUGCGGGCGAUGCGCGCUGGCAUGAUUAUUCUAGGUGGCGGCGUGGUCAAGCACCACAUUGCCAAUGCAUGCCUGAUGCGUAACGGAGCUGAACAUGCAGUAUAUGUGAACACCGCGCAGGAGUUCGACGGUAGCGAUGCGGGCGCACGGCCGGAUGAAGCGGUGAGCUGGGGCAAGAUCAAGGCAGAUGCCAAAUCGGUCAAGGUAUACGCCGAGGCUACUGCAGUAUUCCCCAUGAUUGUGGCCGCUUCGUUCGCUCGUGCGGAAUCCCAGAACUGAACGCAAGGCUAUCGAGUCCUAUGCGGUACCACUGGUGCCAAGCCAUCGGGAUACUGCGAGCUACAGUUCAGGAGGAUUUGCUCCCAAGGGCCAAUCACUGCUAAUUAUUCCAGUCGACAAGCGUUGAUCAAUCAUGGCUCUCUGAUCGCGCAAUUGUUUCAGUCCUGACCCAGUCUGACGGCCCCCAAUUCCUGUCAUUCUAUAAGCAUACAGGAAUGCCGAUUGUCGGACCUGAGUGGCGUUCUCCACCAGUGGCAAAGGGAGAGAAUUCGGACUUGAUAUGCCGAGUUGCCACACUAUUUAAGGUUGGCUGCCCUGAGUGGAGAUUUCUCGGAUCGGCUGCCGAUCAGGAGGCACACAGAGAACAAGAGACGCAGGAAACGAGACAAGAUACAAGAGACGCAAGAACCAAAAGAAGAGCACCAAGAGAAGCAAUUAGCAUACCAAUAAUAUAAUAUAGCGUGAAAAUCCAACCUCAUUUGCCUG